AUGGUCAGAGGACGAGAAAAAGAACUUACCAGUGAAGAGCGUAAUCGUGCUUUUCACUUCAUACUGGAGAACUCAGUUCGUAGCAAAGUCAAACGAGGUGGCAUUAAAGAUGCCCAAGUUAAAUUCAACCUUUGCCGAAAGACAAAUUACAACUUAUGGAAAAGGGGACAGCAAUGCAAGGUGAGAGGAGAAGUCUUCAAUGUUGAUGCCAAGAAGAAGGGAACAUGUGGUCGGAUAGGUUUUCGCCUCGAUAUCAACAGAGUGGCAGCAAUACCGUUACAUCAAAGAACAAACCUGAGAGCUCUUGCAAAAGCCAUGGGAGCAGAGGGGCUUAAGUGGUGCAUUGGUAAUUUAAAAGAAGAAAGUUUGCAUGAAAAUCCAAAAUUUAAGGAAAUAUACAACACAAUCCAUGUAGAUGAGAAAUGGUUUUACUUGGCAAAGGGCACCAAAAACUACUACAUACUCCCCAAAGAAAAAACAGCCUACAAAACAUGUAAAAGCAAGCGAUUUAUCGAGAAAGUAAUGUUCCUUGCAGCAGUUGCAAGACCACGUUUUAGAGAUGGAGUGUGCAUAUUUGAUGGUAAAAUAGGAAUGUUUCCUUUUGUGCAAAUGGUGGCAGCAAAGAGGAAAAGUGACAAUAGGCCAAGGGGUACAUUAGAGUUGAAGGCCAUUAACAAUGUCAACAAAAAUGUAUACAGAAGCAUGAUAGUAAAUCAAUUACUCCCUGCAAUUAAAGAGAAGUGGCAAUCAUGGGAUGAAGGACCAAUUUACAUCCAACAAGACAAUGCUCGUGCACAUAUAUCAAGUAAUGAUAUUGAAUUCAACACAACUGUAAAUGCUCUAAACAUGAAUAUUUAG